CGCGCGCGUCACGGGGCCGGGGCGGGGCGUGGUGCGCGCCGAUUGGCCGCGGCGGUUCCCGUGAGCGGCGGCGAGGAGCGGAGCGGAGCGGAGCGGAGCGAGCGCGGCCGGCGCCGGAGCCGGGGGCGGAACCAUGCCGCUGCCGGUGGCCCUGCAGUCCCGCCUGGCCAAGCGCGGGCUGCUCAAGCACGUGGAGCCCGAGCCGGAGGAGGAGAUCAUCGCGGAGGACUACGACGACGCGCACGUGGACUACGAGGCCUCGCGGCUGGAGGGGCUGCCGCCCCCCUGGUACAAGGUCGUCGACCCCACCUGCGGCCUGCCCUACUACUGGAACGUGGAGAACGACCUGGUGUCCUGGCUGCCGCCCACCGACCCCGGCUCCGUCGUCACCAAGGCGGCCAAGCGCCUCAAGGGCGGCCCAGAGGCGGAGGAGCCCCCCGAGCGGGGCUACGAGAAGGAGCGGGAGGAGCCGCCGCUGCCGCCGCCCCGCGAGCGCCGCUUCCAUCGCCGGGAGGAGCUGGCGCCCUACCCCAAGGGCAAGAAAGGUAGCCGCAAGGACGAGGAGCUGGACCCCAUGGACCCCAGCGCCUACUCCGACGCCCCCCGGGGCACGUGGUCCACGGGGCUGCCCAAGCGCAACGAGGCCAAGACCGGGGCGGACACGACGGCGGCGGGGCCCCUCUUCCAGCAGCGCCCCUACCCCAGCCCGGGCGCCGUGCUGCGCGCCAACGCCGAGGCCUCGCGCGCCAAGCAGGACUGACCCCCCCCCCCCAAUAAACCCCCCCCCAAUAAACCCCGCCCCCGCCCGCCGCGGGGCCCAGGCGUCCGGGA